CAGAGAUAUGCACAUUAUAUUCAUUAGCUACUCUGAGGUUUAACAUAGAGCCAGUGUUUCUGCUCUUAAAUAAUCUUGCAGUUUGUAGGGCUUGGUGGCAUACCUCUUAAUCCCAGAGGCAGGUAGAAGGAUCUUGAGUUCGAGGCGGCCAGCAUGGUCUGCAUAGCGAGUUCCAGGCAAGGAGGGCUACAAAGUCAUUUUUUUAAAAAUUGCAUUUAUCAUCAUUGAUAGCUCUAUACUUGUGAUAAACUCCACACCAAAACAUAGUUCUGUGUUCUUUCUUUGGCAUUUAAUAUGUAUCUUCUUUUUCUGAAUAAGGUAUGUUUGCAAUAGACAUUUCAAGAUUUGGGUAUUUGUCUGAUCCUGUUGACUGUAGUUCGUCAGUCAUGCUCUGUGUGACUGAGAAUUGUGCAACCUAUUGUUGUAUGCAAGGAACUGUACUGCAAAUCAGACUGCUACCGCACUCUGUCCUUUAGGGGCCACUGUUGUGAGGAAGAUGCUGAAGGAGAAGCUUUUACCUUAGUAAGAUUUUGUUAAAAAGUCUGGAAAGUAAUGUUAAACCUGUCUUACUAUUAAAAACCUGCUUCCACAGGUGUGGGGACUGGAGAGCUGGCUGGUUAAGAGUUCUAGCAGUUCAAGACUGGGUAUGAGUUCUAGCAUCCACCCACAUGGAGCCUACCACCACCUCUAAUGCCAGACCCAUAGGAUCUGACACCCUCUUCUGGUCCAACAUGUGGUGUGCAGACAAAACACCCAUACACAUUAAAUGAAUAAAGUUAAUUUACUUCUCCAUAUUUAAAAUAGUUUUAGAUCUAUUUCCUGCAUCGCCAAGUUGUCACAAACAAACAAAAAAUGUGGAAGAGCAAUGUAGUUUUAGCUCUGCCCUGCAGUUUCCCAAUUAUUUUAUUUUGGAGAUGGGGGGUUUCUCCUCUGUGUAACAGCACUAACUGUCUUGUAACUUUUUGUAGACCAGGCUAGCCUCAAGCUCAUAAGAGAUCUGCCUGCCUCUGCCUCCUGACCACUGGGAUUAAAGCCAGGGUUUCCCUGUGUCAACCUGACUGUCCUGGAACUUGCUCUGUAGACCAGGCAGGCCUCCAACUCAGAAAUCCACCUGCCUCUGCCUCUCAAGUGGUAGGAUUAAAGGCACCAGCACCACCUGCCUGUACAUUUUAUUUUAGUGUUGGUGACUGAACCCAGGCCUGCAGCACAAAGCAUCCAGUUUUCACUAAGGAAGAAUAACAGAGAGGUUAACAGAAUACAGGAUAACAGGAGAAUAACAGGAGGUUGUCCAUAAUUGACUUUAAGCAGCAAACAGUAAAACACUGAGCUCUUCAGCUCCGCCUUUCUUGCUCUUAGAAUUGGAACGCCAAGAAGGUUUUGAUGUUUUGUGUGGCGCCUCCUGAAUUAGAAACCAAGAUGAACAUAACCAAAGGAGGCCUCGUGUUGUUUUCAGCAAAUUCCAAUUCAUCAUGUAUGGAGCUUUCAAAGAAAAUUGCAGAGCGGCUGGGGGUGGAGAUGGGCAAAGUGCAGGUUUACCAGGAACCUAACAGAGAAACACGAGUUCAAAUCCAGGAGUCUGUGAGAGGGAAAGAUGUAUUUAUCAUUCAGACCGUCUCGAAGGACGUGAACACCACCAUCAUGGAGCUCCUGAUUAUGGUAUAUGCAUGUAAGACCUCUUGUGCCAAGAGCAUCAUUGGAGUGAUCCCCUACUUUCCUUAUAGCAAGCAGUGCAAGAUGAGAAAAAGGGGCUCUAUUGUCUCAAAAUUGCUGGCUUCUAUGAUGUGCAAAGCUGGUCUGACUCAUCUUAUCACUAUGGAUUUACACCAGAAGGAAAUCCAGGGCUUCUUCAAUAUUCCAGUGGAUAAUUUAAGAGCCUCCCCUUUCCUGUUACAGUAUAUUCAAGAAGAGAUCCCAGAUUAUAGGAAUGCAGUCAUCGUGGCCAAGUCUCCAGCCUCAGCCAAGAGGGCACAAUCUUUUGCAGAGCGUCUACGCCUGGGGAUCGCAGUGAUCCAUGGAGAAGCACAGGAUGCUGAGUCUGACUUGGUGGAUGGCCGGCACUCCCCACCAAUGGUCAGGAGUGUAGCUGCCAUCCACCCCAGCCUGGAGAUCCCAAUGCUGAUUCCUAAAGAAAAGCCCCCAAUCACAGUUGUUGGUGAUGUUGGAGGAAGAAUUGCCAUCAUCGUGGAUGACAUUAUUGAUGAUGUGGACAGCUUUCUUGCUGCAGCAGAGACCCUAAAGGAAAGAGGUGCAUAUAAGAUCUUUGUGAUGGCAACUCACGGCUUGUUAUCCUCUGAUGCUCCCCGGCUGAUUGAAGAGUCUGCCAUUGAUGAGGUGGUGGUCACUAACACGAUCCCACAUGAAAUCCAGAAGUUGCAGUGCCCCAAGAUCAAGACUGUGGACAUCAGCAUGAUCCUCUCAGAAGCCAUCCGCCGAAUUCACAACGGGGAGUCCAUGUCCUACCUUUUCAGAAACAUAGGCUUAGAUGACUGAACAGUUCUCCUAUGGCAGAACUCCCACAGGUCAAGUGGGAGGCCCAGCAUAUAUGCUGGAAGGCCCAUGCCCAGCUAGAUACUUGACCCUCCCUUCCUGACAUCUUCCUGAUUGAUUCCUGUGAAGGUACAAGGACCAGCUUUCUUAAUGUUGGUUUAGGUUUUUGUGAGUUUGGGGGAUAAUUUUUAUAACAGAAAGACCUCCUCUUAAAUAAAAGAAGUUAAAACCUGAUUGUUUUUAGUGUAACCAUUUUAAAUAAUACACUUGAGUGAGAUUUUUAAGCUCAGCCUUUUUUUAAAGUUGCUUGAUCCAACUGUUCAAAAAGUUAAGUAAAAUGAUCUGCUGUCUACUGCCUACAGUCAGAAAGGUACUGUUGGUUCCAAUACAUGAUCUUUUUAGAAACGCUUUUAUAAAGGGCAUAUAGUGUAUGUGGCUGUAUUUAUUUUCUGCAACUAAACAAAGAAUAAAACCUCAUGUUUGAUUUUUAAA